AGAACGGCGUUUAGAAACUGAAGGCCAUCAAGCACGAACAAUGUCGAAAAGCAGAAUCUUGAGUAUACAAUCUCAUGUUGCCUUUGGAUACGUAGGAGGAAAGGCUGCGGUAUUUCCUCUCCAAUGUCUAGGUUAUGAUGUCGAUGUAGUGAAUACGGUAAAUUUCUCCAACCACUCCGGAUAUGCUCGCUUUGGCGGAUCUAGAACAUCUGCUUCGGAGCUGUCCACGAUCUUCCAGACUAUGGAAGAAAACGGACUGCUGGAGCCCGAAAGACUUUUAACAGGAUAUAUUCCUGGAGGCGAGGCAUUGUCGUCAGUCAAGGACCUUGCUACCAGACUACGACACAAAAAUUCACAGAUGAUUUACCUUCUGGAUCCUGUACUUGGUGACUCUGGGAAACUCUAUGUCGCCCCAGAUGUCAUUCCUAUAUACCGUUCCAUGCUUCCACUAUCUACUAUUAUUACUCCAAAUUGGUUUGAAGUAGAAGUUCUGACUGACAUCCGUAUAACGGAUCUUCUAUCGCUUCGGAAGGCCCUUCGCAUCUUACACGAAGAGCAUCACGUACCGAACGUUGUCGUCAGUUCGAUACCACUGAGAGCUUGGAUGUACGAGUCUUUACCGUCUCACAUUCAACACCCGUUGGAUGCAGACAAUCCUCAACCGGACGACGGUUAUCUUCUGUGUAUUUCUUCGUCCACAGAGGAUCCCGACAGAGGAGGAUAUCCUUCCACAGUCCACGCUCGUUCAAUCCCUUUGAUUCCAGGAUACUUCUCGGGUGUCGGAGAUCUCUUCUCAGCCUUGCUACUAGCUCACUACCAACCGACCUCCGAAUACCUUGUAUCGGAGUCCGUCAAUGCAAAUGGACACCCUCUUCCUAUAGCGGCAUCUGAAGCACUCAGCAAGACGCAUGCUAUGUUGGCAUUGACCCAGGAGUACUCCAUGUCGUUGCCGGAAGACGAGCGAUUGCCCACAGACGAGGAGAUUGAUGAGCAGGAACCGAGUCGGAAAAUCCGCCGUAUGAAAGGGAGGGAACUGCGUUUGAUUCAGGGCCAGGAUAUCAUCAGAGGGACGAGACCAAUAGAGCACAGAAAAAUGGAGCUUUGGACUGGAUUUUGGAGUUCAUGAUCAACAAGGACAGAUAUAGAUGCAAUUAAAGGCGGAAUAUGUGAUUUACGAUGAGAUAUCUAGAAUUACACCGACAAGGCGGUCCGUGAGUAGCAACAUACAGCAAGCAUUAUUGCUACAGAAAUAUCUGAUGUACAAGAACGAAACGAAACAUAGAAGUCCUUAACAGAAGC